AUGGCAAGACAAUGGAAUUCCCAUCCACUUCUCGUAACGUUCUGCCUAUUGGCGCUCUGGUUCGGAAAGAAGCAAUGGGUUAUCGGCGAGCCGGUAGCUCCCUGCUUUUUCAUCUUCGGGGACUCGUUGGUUGACGGCGGGAAUAACAACUUUCUCAACACCGCAGCUAAAGUCGAUUACCUCCCUUACGGCGUCGAUUUCCCCGGCGGCCCCACCGGCCGAUUCUCCAACGGCAAAACCGUGGCUGAUGUGAUCAGUGAGUCAGAAUUCGGAUUAGUUAAAACGUUUAAACCUACAGCUGAACGACUGGGACUUCCCAACUACAUCCCAGCAUUUGCAUCGGCGAUUCCGGCGACGGGGCUGCUCCAAGGUGUGAACUACGCUUCUGGAUCGGCCGGAAUCCUCGUCGAGACCGGCAAAUUUCAGGGAAACAACAUAGAUCUGAGCAAGCAGUUGAGCAAUCACCAAGUGACGGUGUCACGUUUCGGGGAAGUGUUGGGAAACGAGGAGGCCGUUUCGAAUCGGCUGAAGCAGUGCCUGUACUAUGUCAAUAUUGGGAGCAACGACUACAUCAACAACUAUUUCCUUCCCCAGUUCUCCAACGCCAGCAAGGAGUACUCGCCGGGCAUAUUCGCCUUCCGUCUCGUGGGCCGAUACUACGAGCAGAUCAAGACGCUUUACAACUUGGGAGCAAGGAAGAUAGCUUUGGCCGGGAUUUCAAAAAUCGGAUGCACCCCCUUCGCCAAGACAAUCGCCGGCAGAAAAGGCUGCGUGGAUUCCCAGAACGAAGCCGUCGUCCCUUUCAACAAACUUCUCAGAGACCUCGCUGGCAGACUUAACCAAGAUUUCCCUGACGCCAAAUUCGUCUACCUCGACACCAUGGCCGCUACCGACCUUCUUCUCCGAUCUCUUCCAAACACGCAGGAGCCCUGCUGCCAAGUGCAGACCGUAGGCCUUUGCAUCCCCAAUGGAACAUUCUGCGAUCAGAGGGAUACAUAUGUUUACUGGGACGCCUUCCAUCCAACCCAAGCCGCCAAUUAUAUCGUCGGUCCAUUUCUCUACCAGACUUUGAAACAGAUCUUGUAGCAUGUGAAACGUUUUACAAGUAGGAAUCUAGGAACUGAUGAAUUGGGGUUUCAAUCAAUGCUUCACAGUUGAAGACAAUGGGUUCUAAUAAAGAUGGCUUGAUUCUUUUUUAACUUCCA